AUGGUUCAUCAUUCAGAAAGAACGGCAGUACACACAGCUAGUAGUACCAACAGAGAUCGAAUCGGAAACAGCAGAGAAAAAGAGCACAGAGCGGAGGAGUACGAUACCCCUCGAACUUCUGCUUCUGUUGCUGCCGUCACCAUGGAUCGUGCGGAAAGCGACAGCAACGAACCAAGACAUCAUAGCGGUAUAAACUCUCCUGCUGCUGCUGCUGCUGAUGUCCGUUCGGAAACAGCUCCUGACGAGAGAAGUCUUUCCUGUGAGAAUCGACCUCAUUUCUAUUAUCCGGAAUGGACCGGAGAAGAGUGCGAUCACGAGUCCUUCAUGUGCUUCAGUGAAGGUGUGAACCACAAUUGCUGCAAAUGCCGUCCAGAAUGUUGUGGCCAAUGUACUACCUUGACUUCCUUUAGUGAUCCCUAUCAAGCCUGUCCUACACUAUCUGCCAAGGCUUAUGAACGGUCUCUUGAGGAUCAUGGUAUUACUCCCGUGACCAUGGUCGCUGUUGCCAUUGGCAUUUCGGCCGUCUUUGGAAUCAUUCUAGCAUUGUGGCAACACUCUCUAGAGAGACGUCGCAGGAUGAUGGAACAAGACGACAAGACCAAGAAUCUUCGGGCUUAUCGGGAUCAAGAUGAUGUGGAUGAUGGUGUCUUUAGGGAUAAACCGUACCGCUAA